AUGUCAAUUGAAUCAGUUCUUGAACAACAACGUCGUUAUCAUGAAGAACGUGAACGAUUAAUGGAUACAAUGACAAAAGAAAUGUUACGUAAAAAAGCCACACAUCGUGAACAAAUUAAUUCUGAACAUAUGGUUAAAUUAUUACUUGAUCGUUAUAGUGAAACAUCAAGUCGUGUGAAAGAUAUGUAUGAUGAUAAAGAUGGAUCUCGUAAAGAAGAAAUUCAAGCAUUAUCAGGUCCAAAUGAAUUUACAGAAUUUUAUAUACGACUUAAAAAUAUUCGUCAAAAUUAUCCAAAAAAUCCAUCGGAUGAAAUAGCUGUUCCUAUGUCAACGGAAUAUGAACAAUUCAUGAGACAAUUACAAGAAACUGAAGAUGGUGAACCAUUAGCAUUAGCAAGUUUUACCGAUGAAGAAGGUUAUGGUCGUUUUCUUGAUUUACAUCAAUGUUAUGAAAUUUAUUUAAAUAUUAAAGGACUUGAAAAAUUAGAUUAUUUAACUUAUUUACAAAAAUUUGAUCGUUUACAUGAAAUUCCAAAAGAACGAAAAAAUUUUGAAUAUCGACAAUAUUUAUUUGAAAAUUUAUUUCCAUAUUUAUUAGAUUUUCUUAAACGUUGUAAACCAUUAAUUAAUAUUGAAAAAGAUUUAAUUAAUAUUAAACAAGAUUUUGAAUUAAAAUGGGAACAAGGAAUUUUUCCUGGUUGGCCGAAAGAAACAGGUGGUGCUUUAGCAAAAGGCGGAGCGUCUUUAGAUCUAAGCGGAUUUUCAUCAUGGGAGGAAUUAGCAUCUGUUGGUCUUGAUAGAUUAAAAUCUGCUUUAUUAGCACUUGGAAUGAAAUGUGGAGGAACAUUAGAAGAACGUGCUAAGCGUUUAUUUGCAACAAAAGAUACAUUAUUUGAAGAUCUUGAUCCAUCAUUAUUUAUGAAAGAUGCUAAUAAAACAAAACGUGGAAAUAAAGAAUUAAUUCGACAUAAAGAAAUAGCUGGAAUGGAAGCACAAAUUUAUCGUCUUGUUGAUUUAUUAAGUGAACAACGUUCAGCAACAUUAGAUAAUGUUCGUCGUAAACAAGCAAGAGCUGGUGAAGAUAAUGAAGAAGAUGAAGAUAUGGGUGGAGGUGAUAUAUCAGAUGAUGAUUCAGGACCAGAAGAUGAUGGACUUAUUUAUAAUCCAAAAAAUUUACCACUUGGAUGGGAUGGAAAACCAAUUCCUUAUUGGCUUUAUAAAUUACAUGGACUUAAUAUGUAUUUUAAUUGUGAAAUAUGUGGAAAUCAUACAUAUCGUGGACCAAAAGCAUUUCAACGUCAUUUUGCUGAAUGGCGUCAUGCACAUGGAAUGCGAUGUUUAGGUAUUCCAAAUACAGCUCAUUUUGCAAAUAUAAUAUCAAUUGAAGAUGCUUUAUCAUUAUGGAAUAAAUUAAAAAAUAAUAAAGAUGAUGAACGAUGGAAACCAGAAAUGGAGGAAGAAUUUGAAGAUUCGUUGGGAAAUGUUGUUAAUAAACGAACAUAUGAUGAUCUUCGGAAACAAGGUCUUUUAUAA